UAUUAUCUGAUUGGUAUGUUUUUAAUAUAGAUGGAUGAGGUGUUGGCCUCAGUUGCUGAGACGAUCAAGAACUUUGCAGUAAUAUACCUUGUGGAUAUCACUGAGGUUCCUGAUUUCAACACAAUGUACGAGCUGUAUGAUCCUUCCACUGUCAUGUUCUUCUUUAGGAACAAGCACAUAAUGAUUGAUCUUGGUACUGGUAACAACAAUAAGAUAAACUGGGCCCUGCAAGAGUUCAUCAAUAUCAUUGAAACAGUCUAUCGUGGAGCAAGGAAAGGACGUGGUUUAGUCAUUGCACCUAAGGACUAUUCAACCAAAUAUCGCUACUAAGACGUCUCGAAAAUGUGUACUCUAUGACAUUAUUCGCUCUGUGAAAAGGAUAUGGUUUAUUUUGGAUAUCAUUGUGUGCCAUGACUUCUCAAAACAUUUGAUCACUGUUGGACCUCUGAUGAGGGAAUAUAACUGUUUAUGGUAAACAAGUCUUUUGAUCAGGUAUGUUUUGGUUGAAUAAGUUGUUUUCCGAUCUA